AUGGGGGGAAGUAGCGAAAUUUCAAGUAGCGAGGAAAACUACAAGACUUCGGAAAUGAUGUCUACGGACGAGGCGGGGGGAAGAAGUACAAGGGAGUUGACGGUCAAGUUGGGGAAGAGAGGAGGAAAUGAAAGAAAGGAGAGAGACGAAGAGCAGGGCGAAUCCUCAGAGGAGCCGCCGGUAAGGAUCAGAAGGAAAUGCACAAAGAUGGCAGAGGAAGAGGAACUAGUGAGAAAGAUCGUGGAGGAUGAAAGAGCAAGAGAGGAAGCAGGAAUAAGGAGGAGAAUCGAGAAAGAGGAGACAACUAGGAGGCAUAGUGAGAGGCAGAAAGAGAUGGAGAGGAAACUGGAGGAGCAGAAGCGUAAGGAACGAGAGGAAAUGAAGAGUAGAAGCCGAAAAGAAUAA